AACCUUGACAUGCCAGUGCACGUUGAAUAUUGAAAGGGCCGUGCAGUUUUCGAGGUUGUCGACGUCACACUUGUGUUAGGUUUUGUAGAAUGGAACAGAGAUACAAUCCAAGUCGGCCCGCCACAAACCACCGUUCCCCCUCAAGCGAAUUACUAUGGACAAUAUCCUGUAAAUCCUGUCCAAAUGAAUUCUCCACAUUUUAACUACACCUACCCAACUUUGAACAAUUCAAACUACAGUUUAAGUGGGACUAGUGAGAAAUCAUACACAAACCAAAACUUCAACCCAAAUCCACUGCCACCAAGUUCUGAGUCAACUGAUUUAUUAAUAGACUUCUCUUCUGGCACCUCAGCAAAUGAAAAUUUAAAAAGCCAUGCUGAAAGUCUCAUGGAGAGCUCUCCUAAUUUUCGUGCUAAUGGGGAGUUUUCGGUGGAUUCACAAAACACUACAGCCGAGAGUGAGGGUGUGUUGGGAACUUCUGGUGAAUCACUGAAGCCUGACCAAACUCAACAAAAUAAAGAAGUUUCGAAGGUAGAAAAGGCAAAUCAUCGAUUAGCAGGUUCAGGUCAAAAACCCAGACUAUCCAAGCAAAACGUUGGAACUAAUCGGAAUAUUGUCAAGACCCACACUUCAUCUAGACAUAAGAAGAAACAUGACCUGUCAACUGAUUCUGUUAAUGAAAAUCUUCAGCAACCAAACCCUUUUGAACAAUGGUAUCAGAUGAUGUCACAGUACUACAGUCAGUUUUAUCCAGGCUAUCAAAUGGUCCAACCUCCAACACUUCCUCAUCAGUCUGUCGCUUUCCGUUCACCAAACCAAGGAACGAAAACGUCGAGUCAACCAGUGAAUAUUCCUCAACAUGGGCCUCAGGGAUUCAAAAUGCCACCUGGGAACCAGCCAGGAACGUUUGAUUAUGCAAACUAUUAUUACCAGUAUUAUGCAGCUGCUCAGUUGUGGUCAGGCGCACAUGCUCAGCAGCUUUUUGGCGCAGGUGUUCCCGAAAUCCCACGUUUCUACAAUGGUCCACACAUAAGGGCCUGGAUGGGUUGUCCCGGUGUUAUUGUACAGAUUCUACCUUCUAGACCACUUGAUGGGGAACUUGCAAGAGUUGAAAUAAUUGACCUUUCUGAGCUGGCAAAUGAAGCUGCAGCUGAUGCAUCUAAACGAGCAGCAUACAAUACGUGUAGCACUUUUAUAAACGCACGCGAUCCUGCCUUCAGUCAGCAACAAUCUUCUGAACAAGCUAGUCAUUUUGGCAUUGACGAUUCUGGUAGACAAACUCCGAGUCAUCUUUCUAGUAUUCCUGCUGGUGGUGGAGAUGAAGACACAGAAGAAAUGCGUGCGUGUGCCGCCAUUACAGCGUGUUGGGAUCGUAUGGAUCACCUCUUCUAUCCGGGUCCACUUGAUCGUGUUGGUACUUUAAAAGCAGAUGUCCUUGCAUUCUUACGUGAAAAGUUGUCGGAAAUUCAGGAUCGUCUGCCUAUUGAUUGGGAAUCUGCUGAUUUGCUCCUAAUGUUUCUGGAAGCGCUUGUUAAGAACAAUGGGAACUUACAAACAUCGGAUCUUGUAAAUCUUUUGUUGGAGGGUCAUGAACCAACAACCAGUUCCUACAGAAGUGGUUCCUAUGGUUAUUCGUCUAGUUCGUAUUUAGGAGUACAGGUACCUUCGCACUAUGCGGCCGCUUUGAACAACUAUUCUCAAGUUGAAGGAUACAUGAAUGAAUCACUGAAUUCGUUGCCUGGAAGUCAAAUGCCAAGUGGGCGUGAAAGCCCUGAAUCCCACUUUGAAGUUGACUAUAGAACAAGUUUUAUGCGUCAUAAUAAGGCAGCUUCUGAAACUGGUGGACCAAACUCUGCCCAGAGUAUUAUUCGGCGUGUUGGAGCAAUGAAUAUAGGAUCACGUAGUCAGGAGUCAGAAGACAAAAUUUUGGAUCGUUUCCGUGAGUUAUUAAUGCAUGGUUUACCAAUGAAAGCAUUAGAACAUGCCUGUCGUUCUAAACUAUGGGGUCAUGCAUUUACUCUGGCGCAUAGGAUGGGUCCUCCAAUAUUUGCAAAAGUAAUGGAUCGUUUCUUAAACAAUGCUGUACCAAUAUCAGAUCCAAUUCUUACACUAUAUCAGUUAACUGCCGGUGAUAUGCCACAAGUUAUUAAUACUGCAGCUUAUGGAAAAGGCUCUGAUAGUGGUGAUUGGAGACCACACCUAGCAAUGAUACUAGCCGCUCAAUCAACUCAAUUGGAAUUGUCACUUAUGGCUCUUGAGCGCCUCGGUGAUGGCUUACUAUCUCGAAAGCAUAUUUAUGCAGCACAUCUUUGCUAUCUACUCACAAACACUUUAAAACAAGCCGAUAAAAGUGAAAUAAAUCAAAAAGAAUUUCGGUUACCGGCUAAAAUAUGGUUGAUUGGUGUACCUCCUCACAAUGAUAAUAUGAAUACAGAAUUAACUGGAAAGGAGAACACUGGUGUUGGAUCAAGUCAGCCGCCAUCACCUUUGUUUUCUACUUCAGAGGCGAUUCAGCUGACUGAAAUAUAUGAAUAUGCAAUUCAGUUGGCUAAUCGUAAAUACCGACUGCGUCAAUUGUUGCCUUUCCGUCUCGUUUAUGCUAUUCGACUUUUAGACGCUGGUUUAGUCGAAAAAGCUUAUCGUUAUUUAACAGCAAUUGGAAAUGAACUUAUUUUAGAAUUUGAUGAAUACUAUUCGAACAUCAAUAAUAGGUCAGAUGAUGGAUUUGUCAAUCCUGUGUUGUACAGUUUAACGAGUAAUUGUUUACGACUAGCUGAACCGUUACAACGUCAUCCAGAAAUCGAUAGUUUCGAUGUCCAGUUGAAUAAUGAUCAAAUGGAUCGUGGUUUUGGAUUUGCAUUGAUGAAUAUGCCACAAAUUUCUCAUAUGAAUAAUAAAAAUAAAAAUUGGAUAGGAAGAUUAAGCCAAAUUUAUGAACAAAUGAAUAUCAAGAUAAACCAUCCACAUUACCGACCAGCUGGUUUCCAAUCUUAUGCUGCUGUAGCACAAAGAAAUGAAGACAAUGCGCCGUCACCAGGUAUAAAUCAUCUCCCCAGUGAUCCCGCUGGUGUAAACAUGGGGCAUGCGUCAGAUCGUGAUAGUAAUUAUUAUAAUUAUAAUUAUUCAAGUAAAGGAUUCGAGCAUACAUCUUCUCCUGUUGAAUAUAAAAUACCGAAUUAUCAGAAUUAUCAGAGCACUUUAGCGUCAACUGAUAAAGAUUUGUCCACCAGGCUGAACACUGGUGGUGAUCCGUAUACUCGUGGGGAUAAUAAUACACAAAGAAAUGAAUCUUAUCAAGCUUAUCAAGCAAAUAAUAAAAUAUCAAGAGACAGUAUGCCUGCUUUAAGCAAUGAACAACGCACUACAGCACCAUCAUUAUUUCCAGCAUCUGUAAGAAGUAAAGAUGUUAAGAUGAAGCUGGAGGCGGGUAAAGAUGAGUGGAACACAAACAGUUCUUCUUUUAAUCAGCCUUUCACUCCUCAUCAACAGAUAUCGUCUGCUCAUCAAAUGUCUACUAAACAAUCACCUAAUAUUAAUCGUUUCCCUUCAACUAUACAACAAUCAUCACAUGCUUACGAUGAUGAUCAUAAUAAUAAUGAUAAUGAUAAUGAUAAUUUAAGAAGGCUAAAUUCAACUUCAUAUUCACCGCAACAUUCUACUCUUCCUAGUUCAUUUAAUCAUAAUUAUCAACCAGCUAGUGGAAAUAAUACUUUCUUUACUCCUCUACCUCAUACAGAUUCACAGACAGAUAUUUCAUCUGCUGGUAAUACUCAACAAGGAUUUGAUUAUUUUGCAAAUAUUCAAAGUAUACAAUCACGUUCACGUACAGUUUCCGGUAAUUCGGAACACAGUACCGGUGGUGCAACUAACACUUCAACUCCAUUCAUUGAUAAAACAACAGGUGCUGUAAACUCUAGAAAUAAUAGUGGUCUUAGUCGUUCACGUGAAAAUUCAUUUGGAAAUGAUCGUCACUAUCAACAGCAGUUGCAGCAGCAGCAACAACAACAACAAUCACAACAGUUCUCUAUGAACAAUACACCACAGGGAACAAUGCGUUUCUCACAACCGAUGUCUAUGAAUCAAUCAACUAGAGAGGAUACAAAAGAGGAUUAUAGUACUGAACGAUUAUCUGAGGAAAAAUCGAAAGAACAAGGCAGUAUGGAUAAAAAUCAACAAUCGAAAGAUGGUUGGCUUUCAGGUUUAUUUGGUCGUUUAAAGAAAAAUGGAGCCAAGAAUAUCCACUUGCCAGAUGAUUCUAAGCCUUCUAUCGUAUGGGAUGAUCGGCUUAAACAAUGGAUUGAUGUCAAUGAUCCUGAAGGCAGUGAAUCUAACAAAAUUCCACCUCCACCCCCAGCCCCAGCAUCAUCAUUUCUACCAAAAACUGAUCAAGAUGAAAUGAUCAAAUCAUCAAAUUCUUCACAAGUAUUCCCUUCUCUUGGAGGAGGAGCAGGAGGCGGAGGCGUAUCAACUCCAUCAAAUUCACCUGCAUAUUCUUCUUCACGUCUUAGUAAUCCCAGAUCACGAUAUGUAAAUAUAAUGGCAAAUCAAACUGUUGACAUCGGUGGAAAUGUUCUUCUUCAACCUCCUCUUCCGCAUACUGCACGUUUAUAA